AGUGUAUGUUUUAUGAAAUUUGACAUAAAUUUGGCGUAUUAGUAAUACAAAAGUUGUGAUUGGAACGUAGAGAAGAGAGAAGGGAAGAAGAGAAAGUAAGAAAAAAAGAAGAGAGUAAGAGAAUAUUAUCAAUUUAAUCGGUAUGCCGUGGAGUCAUAAAAAUGUGAUGUUCGCGAGGGUCGGUUCUGCCCUAUUUUACGGGUUAUCUUCAUUUAUGAUCACAGUUGUAAAUAAGACAGUGCUGACGUCGUUCGAAUUUCCAUCGUUUCAAAUGCUCGGCAUAGGACAAAUGUCGGCUACCAUCAUGUUACUUUUUGCAGCAAAGAAGUUGCGCUACGUUGAAUUUCCUAACCUAGAAGUAACAACGUGUGUCAAGAUAUGGCCAUUACCAAUCAUUUACAUCGUUUCAGGCUGGCCACUUCGAAGAUUAUUCAGCAGCACUGGCUGCUCGUCAUCCUUCACGAUGGAUUACGCGAAACAUCGUGUAUCUCUGUCGCCGGUGCAACGUGCAAUUUUGGCGGCCGGUGCAGCCGCGAUCUCAUUCGUUGAUCCUUUUCGCGGCGACAUGAUCGCAUGCUUGGGAGAAACGACCGGUACCGAUGCUCUUUCCUACUGUCAUCAAAAAAUGCUCGCAACCUCCGAGGGAUCUCGCAUUCUUGCCAGAAAACCACGUAUAUCCUCGUCUACGAUUGACUUUUCCGCGCUAAGACGAUUACCACAAGGAACACUUGGCAGGAUCUAUUGCGAUUUUUUGGACGUUAACAACGUGUCCCCCGAUUCUAGACCUGCGGUCAGAUUCGUUGAAGAUACUGAAUUAGCAUAUGUAAUGCAAAGAUAUCGAGAAACACACGAUAUUUAUCAUGCUCUACUUCUAAUGCCAACUACGAUGCUUGGAGAAGUGACGGUCAAGUGGGUAGAAGCGUUACAAUUACGAUUACCAAUGUGUUUCAGCGGAGCGAUAUUUGGAGCGUUCCGAUUGCGUCCAAGGCAAAGGAAAUUAUAUCUCGAGCAUCAUCUGCCUUGGGCUAUUAACACAGGAAUUGAUACAAAAUUUCUCUUGGGAAUCUACUUCGAAGAACGUUGGGAGCAACCCCUUGCCGAGUUUCAUCGAGAAACAAACAUCAUCCCUUUGGUGCCGAUAGAAACCAUUAGCAAUGAAAUCUGAAAUUCCUCGUACGCUUUUCCCUCUAACAGUCUUAAUAGUCUUACAUAUAUUAUAACACCAACAAUAGACACAGCUUAUUAGAUAGUGUAUAACAAUUUUUAUUUACCGUAACGUUGGAAAUAUGAAGAAUAUAAUUUUUAAUGGGAUACGUA